CGUAUUUCUGAUUUCUUGUAACUCUUUUAUCUGAUUUGCAACAGGCAAUCAAGAUUCACAAAUCGAUUGGAGCUGUAUAUCUGAUUCCUUGGUUACUGAUUUUUGAUCCAAGUCUAAGCCUGAUUUCUGAGUUUUUUGAUCGAUUGGAUCCCCCGGAGGACGCUGGAAACCUAGAAAGACUAAUAUCUGGUUUUUUUCUUUUGGAUCAUUUCUGAUGUCUUGUGAUUACUAAUUCCUGGAAAGAGGAGGACGACUGGACGAGGAGUGUUGACAGAUGUGACUGGUGAUUUGAAUUUAGAAAAGGCAAUAAUGGAAGAUCAACGUUCUUUCAAUAGCCCUAGAAGGACUCUUAGUUAUUCUAGAAACAGGGGAACAACUUUCUCUGUUUUUGAAGCAGACAACAAAAAGGCUUCAGGUGUUGGUGUUUCAGGAGACCAUGGUCCUAACCUUUCUGAAGUUUAUGGUUUUGUAGGAUCUAUUUCAACUGUUGUUGCCACAGUUAUUUUCAUGGUAUGGGCAUACGUUCCUGAUCCUUGGUUACAUUCCAUUGGUAUCUUCUACUAUCCUAGCAAGUACUGGGCAUUGGCACUUCCUACUUAUGCCAUGGUGAUCAUUGCAACAAUCUUCAUAUUCUACAUGGGCCUCAAUUUUAUGGCAACUCCACCUCCAUCAUCAUUCAACUCAAUAUUCGAUGAAAACAGUAGAGAACUUGUAUGUUUUGAUUCUGUGUUGGAGGAAGAUGAUCGACCUAUUGAGCCUUACUCUGAUAUUGGAAUUGAUCAGAUCAAUGAACUCAUGUUCAAAGACUAGAGAUAACGGUUACCAAAAAGAUAAGAUGAUUGAUUGUUCUCAAAUGUAUGCAAUUAUAAUUCUUGAAUUUCUAGCAUUUGUAUUUGAAGGUUCCUUUCCUAUAUUAUGCAAAUGGUAAUUUUCAUCAUACAUGUAAUUGAUUCCCAUAUUUUUACACUUUAUAUGAUUAGUUUAUGGAGAAUUUGGAUAUAAUUUUUUAAGGGACACUGCAGGUAU